AUGUCAUCGCAAGGAGGCCAAGGUCAGGCGGGGGCACAACAGCGCCCCCCGCCGGGACCGCCGUAUCCACCGCAGACAUGGUCCCUCGGUGGCAGGCUGGAAGAAUCGGUUGAUAUUCCCGUUACCGCCGUCUUCCUUGCGCUCUACAUCGUUGGUGCAAUUGGCCACAUGGCCCUUUUCAAGAAGAAUCAGAAACAGGGCCACAAGUUUCUGUUGACUUUGCUGAUUUUCGGUUUUUGCAUGUGCAGAGUUGUAACCUGCAUCCUGCGCAUCGCGUCCGCCACCAGGCCCACGAAUAUCCAAUUGGCAAUUGCAGCCCAGAUCUUCGUCGCAGCCGGAGUCCUGCUAAUCUACAUCAUCAACUUGAUUUUCACGCAACGCAUGAUCCGUGCCCAACACCCUCGGCUGGGCUGGUCAUUCCGUUUCGGCAUGUUCUUCAAGCUGACGUACGUGGUGACGGCGCUUACGCUGAUCAUGGUCAUCACUGUCACUGUACAGUCGUUCUACACGCUUAGCAUCAACACAAGGCGUAUCGACCGGGACAUCCAGCUCUACUGCUCGACAUUCUUCGCAUACGUCUCGUUCCUCCCAAUUCCCUUGACUUUGCUCGGGCUCAUCCUCCCGCGCAAAAAGCGCCUCGAGAAGUUCGGAAUUGGAAGGUGGCGUAGCAAGAUUAUCGUGCUCCUUCUCGCCACGUUCAUCUUGUGCCUGGGCGCGGCGUUCCGGUGCGCCACGGCGUACCUGGAUCCGGUGCCAAUGACGCAGCCACUCCCGUCGUAUUAUUCCAAAGCAUGCUUCUACAUCUUCAACUUUGCGCUUGAGAUACUUGUUAUCUACCUGUAUCUCGCCUUCCGCGUCGACAGGCGCUUCCACAUUCCAAAUGGUGCGAAGGGCCCUGGACAAUAUGCGCGCGGCCCGUACGCCCCCAAGACCAUCGACGCGAAGCGCACCAGUGUGCAGGCCAAGAAGCACGACAGUAUGGCAACCCUGGGCAAGGCGUCCACACUCGACGAGUACGACCCCAGCACACCGCGGAAGCUCAACCUCAAGACGGAUUUCUCGGCGGCGGAGAAGAAGAAGAUCGAUCUCGAGGCGCAGUCAGCCCCACACAGUGCCAUCUCAGGAACCACAGCGGCCUUGUCCAAGGAUCAUUUGCUCCUGCCCGAGUCUCCCAAGCCAGUGCACGUCAAGUCGGACAAGUACAGAUCCAACGCCGACGUUCCGCCAGUGCCUGCGCUUCCACCCUCUGCAGCUGGAGCCAUCGUGUCUUCGCCAACGCCCCCCAACGGGUCGUCAGGUGCCGCCUCGACGCGCGCUACCGAAGACAAGCUCGACAAGGUCGUCGACCUGCUCGUCACGCUCGACCGCCGUCUGUCGAACCUCGAGGAAGCGCCGCGCCGCAACGACCUGCUCGAGCGUCUGACGCAGCGCCUAUCCCGUCUCGAGGAUACCGACCCAGGCGCGACGCCGCGCAUGCGGCCGCAGUCCUCAGCCGGUACCACGCUCCGCGGCAGCGUCGACAAUGCAGGCGUCAACAUGGGCUUCGGCAACAUCGACGGCCAUGAGAACGUGGCGCUCGGCCUGCUCGACCGCCUCGACCGCCGUCUGGCGCGCCUCGAGGAGCAAGAGGCCCGCAUGAACCGCGCGAGCUCGGGCUUCGACGGCCUCAUGAUGCUGGACCGCCGCCUCAGCCGUAUGGAAUCGCGCAUCACCAGCCCUGACCCCGGAUUCGUCAACAGCCCCCCGCCCUUCAUGCGCAACAAUUCCCACCCCGCCGCCGACUACGAGACUCUGUUGGCUCUGGGCGGCGUCAGCAACAUAAACGCUCCCCUCGCGCCUCCGACAGAGACCCGCUUCGACCGCUGGAACUACGGAGGAGGCGCACCCGGCAGCAACAACAGCCCCCGCCUUCGCGGAGGCGCCGGUAGCCCUCAACACCGCUUCUCGCAAUCGCCCUCGCGCUUCGCCGCCCCGACCGCCGCUCGCGCCAGCGGACCCCUGGCCGAGACCUGGCCGCUCGACGAGGCCGAAGAGCACCGCCAGCAGCAGCAACGGUCUUCUCCGCAGAACCACCCGACCCAGCUCCGCCCCGGCUACGCCCGCGCCCCGGCCUCGACCGACUCGAUGGGCACCGUCACGCUGAACGCCCAGGACGACUAUGAUGACGACGAGCUGCCGUUCCCGCCGACGGUGCAGGUGGCCGACGUGGGCAGGGCGUACACGCCCGACGACAACCGCCCGCACCGCCUCAGCUUCGGACGUGGUGACAUCAACAACAACGACGACAACGACGGAGAGAACAACAACAUCAACAAUGGCAACGGCAACAACGGCAACAACGGCAACAACUUCACCAUGCUCGGCGUCGCCCGUGAGCAGCCCCUGCGGUACUCGACCAGCGUGGCCAGCGCGACCAGCCAGUACAGCCAGGCGACCGAGGUGAACCUGAGCGACGAGAGGGGCGAGCGCGAGCGGCCCCGGACGGCGUACGUCGUCGACGACGUCUCGGCCGCCGCACAGCAGCUGAGUCCGGCGUUUGACGGGUUCCCCGACGCGCAGGGGAGCAGCAGCAGCAACAGCAACGACAACAGGGAUAGUAAAUAG